GACCCAUUGGCGCUCGGAACCCGCGACUGCCGGCAAGUCGCUAGACUUCAAUCGCCAUCCUCAUACGUUAUAUAUUCUUAGUCGCCUCGCUCCUGCCUCGGUGUAGAAAUCUGUCUCAUUGUUGACCGGCGCCAUGACUAUCACUUCACGAGCAUACGAUCUGGCGAAUUACGCUGGCUCACUUGCCUGGCCGCCUGUCCUCUCCGUGUCGCGCGGCGCCAUUCUUGCUCUGCUCAAGAACAUCCAAUUGGGGUCGCUUCAGAUCACCGACACCGAUGGCAGUAUCACCAUCUGUGGCAGCUCACGGCGAUCGCAGGCCGAGUCGGAAGAUGAGAAAUCGGUCUACUCGGUUCCACACGCGGAGCUCCGAGUCCACAAUGACCUCUUUUGGAUUCGCAUGGUCCUCUUUGCGGACAUGGGAUUCGCCGAGGCAUAUAUGCUGGGAGAAGUGAGCUGUUCUGACUUGACGAGCUUUUUCAAGCUAUUCAUCCACAACCGUGCCUACCUCGCCAAUGGUGUCACUCUGUCUUCACAGGUGCUUGGCCAGAUCACCUCUCUGGUGCGCAAAACCAACACUCUCACCAAUGCGCGUCUUCACAUUUCCGCCCACUAUGACAUCAGCAAUGACAUGUUCGCCGCAUUCCUCAGCCCCGACAUGACCUAUAGCUGUCCCAUCUGGCUCCCCAAAACCGACCCUAAGAGCAAGAACGAGUCGCUUGAAUCCGCGCAACAUCGCAAGCUUGAUCGCUUCAUCGACAAUGCGCGCCUCAAAUCGACGGACCACGUGCUCGAAAUCGGCACUGGUUGGGGCUCCCUCGCUAUGCGUGCAGUGCAGCGCUCGGGCUGCCGAGUUACCAGUCUCACCCUGAGCGCGGAGCAAAAAGCUCUCGCCGACGAGAGAAUCGCUGCAGCCGGCCUCAGCGAUCGCAUCACUGUCCUCCUCUGCGAUUACCGCAGCCACCAGCCUGCAAACGGCAAGCGUUACAACAAGAUCAUUUCGAUCGAAAUGCUCGAAGCUGUGGGCGCCGAAUUCCUCGAGACCUACUUCCGCUGCGUUGAUCAGCUCCUCGACCCGACCAGCGGUAUCGCGGUUUUCCAGUGCAUCACCAUGCCCGAAUCGCGCUACGCCGUCUACGCCAGCUCCGACGACUUCAUCCGCCGCUACAUCUUCCCCGGCGGUCACUUGCCGACCAUCACGCAGCUCCUCGACAGCAUCCGCGCCGGCUCCUCACAGACCAAGCGCGGCAUCACGCCCCAGCUGAUCCCAGAGAGCGUCGAGAACAUUGGUCCUCACUACGCCAAGACGCUGCGCCUGUGGCGCAUCAACUUCAUGCGCGAGUUUGCCUCCAAGAUCCGACCUGCGCUCCUGGCCGAGCACGGUGGCAGCCAUGUCAAGGGUCGCCAGGGCGGCAUGAAGGAGGAGGACGUGGAGCUGUUCCGCCGCAAGUGGGAGUAUUACUUUGCUUACUGCGAGGCUGGCUUUGCGACCAAGACUUUGGGCGACGUCAUCAUCACAGUUGGCCGUGAGGGUGGUAUUGACAUGAUGGAUGAGGUGCCGCUAUAGAAAGAGCAAAAUGAAGUAUAUCGCAAGAGAGAGAGAUCCAGCGAGAAUUGGAUCAUGAUAUCGAUAGAAGAGCUACGGCGGAUCGCUUGGGAUCGCUCAGGUUUCGUUCAGGAUAGCCAUGUGCAGGUGGCCCGAGAAACCGGGAGGGAGCAUGCCGCGCGGCCAGACAAACCAGAAGAACGAGCCUGUGUGUGCAACAAGACGAUCCCCUGUCAGUCAAGUCAUGAGUACGGGCCGCAGCAGACACAGGCUUCGGAUCGCGAUUCCUGGGUUGUGCCCCAAUCUAGACGUGCGCAGUGGAGUCGUACGGAGGUGUACGA